UUCAAGUUUGUUUUAUACGCGAUGCACGUGUGACUGCAUCUUGAGACGCAAUGCGAAUUAAGCGUACCGAGAUACAGGUAAGUAUCGUCUCUCGUACUUUCCCACUCUAUGUUGAAAUAUUCGAAGGAUGCAACCAAAAUAUUUCCCGCCAAAUGCCGUUUGCUUGGAGUGUUGCACGACUGUAUGUUUUUGGAAGUGUAAAAAAAAGAUCAAGUAAAAAAUGGAAGGAUUCGACGAUCCAGGAAUAUUCUUCUCUGAUAAUUUCUCCGUAGGCGAGUCCAAUGAAACGCAGACUAAUCUUCAACAUUCGAAAAGAAAGUUCAUGGAAUUUAUUAGACAAUUCCAUGAGGGAAAUUUCAAUUACAAAUAUAGAGACACUUUGAAACGCAAUUACAAUUUGGGUCAAUACUGGGUAGAAAUCAAUUUAGAAGAUUUGGCUGCUUUUGAUGAAUCACUCGCAGAGAAAGUCUAUAAGCAUCCAACUGAAUAUUUGCCCAUUUUAGAGGAAGCUGCGAAAGAUUUAGUAGACGAACUUACAGCACCGAGGCCGCCAGAUGAAGAGAAGGUUGAAGAUAUACAAGUUUUAUUGUCUUCGGAUGCACAUCCAAGUUCGUUAAGGGGAAUCAAACCCGAUGUAGUUUCUAAACUUAUCAAAAUACCUGGUAUUAUCAUUUCUGCAUCUGGGAUCAGGGCAAAAGCAACAAAAAUAGCUAUACAGUGUCGUUCUUGCAGAAGCAUGCAAACUAACAUUUCAAUAAAACCUGGUUUAGAGGGAUAUGUUUUACCUAGAAAAUGCACGACAGAACAAGCAGGAAGACCAAAGUGUCCUUUGGAUCCAUUUUUCAUAAUGCCAGAUAAAUGUCAUUGCAUUGAUUUUCAAGUUCUCAAGUUACAAGAAUUGCCAGAUCAAAUUCCGCAAGGUGAAAUGCCGAGGCACUUGCAGUUGUAUUGCGACCGUUAUUUGUGCGACAGAGUUGUGCCGGGCAAUAGAGUUCUUAUUUUGGGUAUAUAUUCAAUUAAGAAAGUUACUAGAAGUACUACUAAUAGAGGAGGAAAAGAUAAAACAUUAGUCGGUGUUCGAGCACCGUAUAUAAGAGUCAUUGGCAUUUCCGUGGAUGGAGAAAAUACAGGCAGUGGUAUCCAUUCGUGCUUUACAAGUGAAGAAGAAGAUUUGUUUAGACGUCUUGCUUCAGAUUCUAAUUUAUAUGAAAAAAUCGCAAGGAGUAUAGCUCCCAGUAUUUUCGGUGCAUUAGAUAUCAAAAAAGCUAUAGCUUGCCUAUUGUUUGGUGGUUCUAGGAAAAGAAUGCCCGAUGGGCUUUGUAGGAGAGGAGAUCUUAAUAUUUUAAUGUUAGGUGACCCUGGUACAGCUAAAUCGCAGCUAUUAAAGUUUGUAGAAAGAGUUUCACCAGUUGCAAUUUACACAUCUGGUAAAGGAAGUUCAGCUGCUGGUCUAACGGCAUCAGUCUUAAGGGACCCAGUAACAAGGAAUUUUGUCAUGGAAGGAGGUGCCAUGGUUCUUGCAGAUGGUGGUGUCGUUUGUAUAGAUGAAUUUGAUAAAAUGAAAGAGGACGACAGAGUUGCAAUACACGAAGCUAUGGAACAACAAACAAUAUCAAUUGCAAAAGCAGGGAUAACCACGACAUUAAAUACUCGCUGUUCAGUUCUAGCAGCGGCAAAUUCAAUAUUUGGUCGUUGGGAUGAAAUAAAAGGAGAAGAAAAUAUUGAUUUUAUGCCGACAAUUUUAUCCCGUUUUGAUAUGAUAUUUAUUGUUAAAGAUGAGCACGAGCAAAAUAGAGAUAUAACACUAGCAAAACAUGUGAUGAACAUCCAUAGCAAUGCUGGGCAAGUUACAGAGCAAUCGGCGGAAGGAGAGUUACCAUUGCACAUUUUAAAAAAAUAUAUUCACUACUGUAGAAGUCGUUGUGGUCCGAGACUUAGCAAAGAGGCAGGAGAGAAAUUAAAAAAUCGUUAUGUUGUAAUGCGAGCUAGCACCAGAGACCACGAGAAAGACAUAGAAAAAAGAUUAUCUAUUCCCAUAACAGUUCGUCAAUUGGAAGCUAUCAUAAGGAUUUCAGAAUCUUUAGCUAAAAUGCAAUUACAGCCUUUCGCCACAGAAGUUCACGUGAACGAAGCGCUUAGGCUUUUCCAAGUAUCUACUUUAGAUGCUGCAAUGUCUGGAUCGUUAGCUGGUGCAGAAGGAUUUACCUCGGAUGAAGAUCAUGAAAUGUUAUCACGUAUCGAGAAACAAUUGAAACGUAGAUUUCCAAUUGGAAAUCAAGUAUCAGAGCAAAAUAUUGUUAAAGAUUUCGUAAAACAAGCAUAUCCAGAACGUGCUAUUUACAAAGUUAUUCACACAAUGAUACGACGUGGGGAACUUCAACACCGUAUGCAACGUAAAAUGCUGUAUAGAUUGCACUGAAAUGACUGCAAUUCAUCUUUAAACGGAUAAUAUGGAUGAUUCUCGACUCUAAAAAGAAUUGAAAAGAAUUUCACAUUUUUAUAUUAUUUGAAAUAAAGUAUGUUUGAUAAAUAUAUUUACCCCUUGAAAAA